AUGUCUGUCACACCUCGCCAGAAACCGGAGAGCAUCUCCAUCAGCCCCCUCCUCAAGAAGCUCGCGUACCCCGCGUCCGAGGUGGCCGUCGAAGCCUCAGAAAUUGCGUCAGCGUUCGCAUUGAUCUUCGAGGACCGUCUCUCCGAUAUCCAGACCGCGGCUCUUCUUACGCUGCUGCAUUCGACCCAAUUGGACAAAGACGCAGAAGUCAUUGCAAAAUGCUCACAUCGCAUGAGGGACGCCGCUCGUCAAACCGACAAGGUCGCGUUGAAGAAGGCGAUCCAAUCGCGCGGCAAGAGUGAAGGCAACUACAAAGGUGGCCUAUGCGACAUAGUCGGAACCGGCGGUGAUUCGCAUUCCACCUUCAACAUCUCAACGACCUCCUCUAUCCUCGCUUCUCCCCUCCUCGUCAUGGCCAAGCACGGAAACCGCGCGCAAACCUCCUUCUCCGGAUCCGCCGAUGUACUCAACGCUGUCUCCCCCGUACCUCCCAAGAUUAGUGCCGUCAACGCCGAGAACCUGAGCGAGGUAUACGCCGCGUCCAACUACGCUUUCCUUUUCGCCCCGAACUUCCACUAUGGUAUGAUGUACGCGGAUAAUGUGCGCCGAAGUCUUGGACUGCGAACGAUCUUCAACCUCAUGGGUCCUCUCGCAAACCCUGUCGACUGGGCCAUUGAAGCGCGCGUGGUGGGUGUCGCGUAUAAGGCGCUCGGGCCCGUGUUCGUGGAAGCUCUGCGGCAGAACGGGGUAACGAAAGGUCUUGUUAUCUGUGGUGAAGAAGACCUGGAUGAGAUCAGUUGUGCGGGAAAGACGAACUGCUGGCAAUUGUCCGAGAUCCCUAACCCGGAUUAUGAUGAGUCAAAGGAUGAGGACGAUGAUGAUGAAUACAGGACACCUCGUACGAUAGCCAAGUUGGACGAAUUCCAGCUAGAGCCCGCCGACUUUGGUCUGCCUGUUUAUCCGCUCACUGCAGUAUACGGGAGGAAGAUGCCCAAGGACAAUGCGGCGAAACUGAUGGAGAUCCUACGGAAUGAUUUACCUCGGGAUGACCCGAUCUUGAGCUUCGUACUCAUGAACGUGGCCGCGCUUCUGGUUACCUCGGGAAUUUGUGAAGCAGACAGCUCCAACAUGGGCCCUGGCGAUGAUGGCAAGGUCAUUACCGAACGCGGUCCAGGAGGUGGUCGCUGGAAGGAGGGUGUCCGCCGAGCGCGCUGGGCGAUUGAGAGCGGUGCUGCUCUGAAAUGCUUCGAGGAUUUCAUUGAAGUGACAAACAAGCUCCAAUAG